UGCUUUCCUCCGGACCUAAUACCGCUGCGCAAAAUGGAGGGCCCCACGGGGACAGCCUCCGAGCAGCUCUGCGGUCGGAUGUGACGAUGAACGGUGGAGAGCUGCCAGAAACGAUGACACGGACACAUUCAGCCACUCUCGUGCGCACGACGGACAGUACAGCGCGACUGAUACUCGCAUGGUGCAACGGCGCAAACGUGAAAAGGUCAUCUGCGGCGCCACCGCUCAGCGCGUAUAUAAAUGCGACGACCUGGACUGCGCCACUUGCUUUCUGAUUCCAUCCCUACCUCUUGCAAUAGCAUUUGCAUGCCGCGCUAUGAGGUCUUCACGAAGGCACACUUCCCUAGCGGUGAAUAGUCUACGACACGCCUUUAGGCGCGCUCCCCUCCUAAUCCGGAGCUUGGCGACUGAGGCGUCCCUACAACCUCGCAACCCAAUCCCGGCUCUGCCGCCGCCUCCACCUACUUGGAAGCUGCCAGAACAGAUAGACGAUACCGUCUUCAGCUACACGUCCGGAAGAUGGCUCUACAACGAGCAACAUCAGCUCAAGGAGCGCUAUACACCCUUUAAUGUCCACGCUCUCCGCGAUAGGAUCGCAGAAGUAUGCGGUGCGGAAGUCGCUGAAUGGAAUAAGAAAGAGGGUGUGUUCAACAAGUCUUUCGUCGCGACGCUGCGCGACGGGAGGCAAGUGGCCGUCAGGGUCAAGAAUCCGAUCGCAGGGCCUGUCCACUACACAACGGCGAGCGAAGUCGCCAUUAAGGACUUCUGCCGCACCGUUCUCAAGCUCCCGGUCCCACGCGUCCUGGACUGGAGCUCGCACGCCGACUACAACGGCAUAGGCUGCGAGUACAUCAUCAUGGACAUCGCUCGCGGUGUACAGCUUUCGACUAUCUGGCACACGCUCAGCGCAGGCGAGCGGAAGGAUGUCGUCAACUCCCUUAUCGCGACGGAGAAGCGCCUGCUUAACGCCUCGUUUUCCCACUAUGGCAGUCUGUACUACAAGCAGGACGUGCAUCCGGCCUUGCGAGCGCCGACCCUCUUCGCCGACGGUCGACGCGCGACUGGCGAGGCUGAGAAAUUCUGCAUCGGUCCCAUCUGCUCGAGGAUGUACUGGGAGGACGAGCGCGCGUCUAUGAAGCUUGACCGAGGUCCUUGGUCGUCUUGUGAGGACUACCUCGAUUCCGUCGCCGCUCGCGAGCAAGCGUGGAUUUCCGCCUACGCCAAGCCGCACAUCCACGAUGACCCCUUCCGUGCCAUCUGCGGUCCACAGCUGCCCGAGGAACACAUCGCGGUCUUGGAUCAGUUCCGCGCCGUCGCGCGCCACAUCGCCCCUCGCGGUCCAGACAAGAAGCCGCUACGCAGCGUCCUCUGGCACCCGGACCUUAACCUCGGCAACAUCUUCGUCGACCCAUCCGGAAACCACUCCAUCACGUCCAUCAUCGACUGGCAGGGCUGCUGGGCGGGGCCUGCGUACCUCCAGAUGACGGUCCCCUCCUUCCUCCUGUGCCGCAACGUCGAAGUGCCCUCCGGCCUCGAGAUGCCGCGGCUUCCCUCUGACUUGCACGAGUACGCGCCCACCGCGCAGCGCAUCCUCGUCAAGAACCACAAGGCGGUCGUGCUGCAGAAGCUGUACGAGAUCAGGCAGCUGCUGCCCUAUCACGGCACGCACCGCGAGCUGCGCACGACGCCGGUGACGAUGGCAGGGAGGACGUGGAAGGAUGGCAUCCUGCCGCUGAAGCUCGCGCUCUUGAACGUCGCGGCGAACUGGCCGAAGCUCGUCGAUCCGGCGGACCCGGCGCCGUGUCCGCUGCGCUUCACGCGGGGCGAAGUGCAGGGGCUCAUGCAGCAGCGCGAGCGAUACGUGCAGUGGCAUGACUUCCUGGAGUACCUCCAUGAUUCGUUUGGGAUCCAGCCGUACGGCUGGGUGGAUGCGGCGAGCUACGAGCGCACGAAGAGGAAGCUCGAGCGUAUCCGACAAGGGCUCGAUGCCCAGCUGGUUAUGGAGCUGGAGCGCGCUGCGCCGGGUGGGGCGUGGUGGCCGUUCCAGGACACAUUGCCGUAGACGUCCCGGCGUAGGCGUUAGCGCGUAUGGAGUAGAAAGAAGGCUUAUUUAUACGAAUGCUUGAAGAUGGCAAUGUACAAUAUCUCUUUCUCUAGUACUUCCUGCUGUAUACUCUACGUUGCUUUAUUGUGUAGUUGUAUCAGGCUCAAGGGUCCUAUAUGUAUCAUACGUGAAUACUAUUCUCUGCCAGUCAAUC